AUGAAAGCCAAAUUGCGUGGCGCAGACAUAGCUUCGGUGGAUGUGAACACUCUAGACAUCCUCCAUAUCGCCACACUGGAAGAAAGGGAGCUGUUACUGUCGGCCAUUUACAAUGAGCUGCACCCUCCCAGCGCCAUCACCCAGAGAAUCGACUCUCUGCUCGAGUCCUUAGGUCCCAAUAAUGUUGAGACUUUCACUGCAACAUUAGUGUCAAUGAGCAAAUCUAAGUCCUCUCCUCAUGUGAGCUGCCUCAGCAUGAAUCGGCGUUCCCUCAAGCUCAGAAACAACAGCCCAAACUACACAGCACAGAGGAAUUCUCAACUGAUAGAGAUUACUAUUAAUGCAUCAGAGCGGAUAGUUCAUCUCAGGACCCCAAAGGAAACGACAGUGGGAAAAAUCAUGGAUUCAUGCAUCAAAAUGUUGGGAGUGACAGAAGACAAGAGCCUCUUUAUACUGAAAGAAAAGCAAGAUUCAUCAGAGGAGCUUCCACCAGAUCAGCAGAUUGGGAGUCUACUGACAUCGACAUCGGAGAACAGACAGUUGGAGCUGCACUUGUGUAAAACAGAGAAGUCACCAGUUACUGUUUCACAAAAUAAUCCAGAAGUCAAAAGCUCUAAUGAGAACGGCAACGUCAACAAAAAUAUCCAGGUGACCCAGCCAGCUAAAGAAGAGAGGAUCAGGGAGCUAAACCAACAGGUGGACUCUCUACAGAAUGUCAUCCUUCAGGUCCAGGAGCUCCACCACGGCCUGGUAGCAUUUUGCUCCGAGAUCAAGAACAUGGACGGAGAUGUGGAUGUAGACAGACUUGGCUCUGCUGAGCUGAAGCAGAAGCUGGAGUUGGUUAAAAGCCGACUGAACGACAAGAGGCAGAGCCUGCAGACCCUCAGAGACAACAUUAACAACUCCGCUGCUCACAAGAAGAAGCAGUUGGACGUUCGUCUCUUGGAGAAGAUGAAGCUGAACUGCCAAGUGUUUAAGGAGGAAAUUUCCAUGGUACAUCUCAACCGGCAGGUGGCUCACCUCCAAAAUGCUUUGCAAGAAAGCUACGUUAAGGAGAAAGCUCGGAAAAACAGUUUGGCCAUUGGUAGCCUGAGCCAGCUGGUGUCACCGCAGUCUCCUGCCAUGCUGCUGGUUGUACAGGAGAACCCCAACCGCGAUGGUCAUUAUGGCUUUACGUGUCACUACAGAGAAGGCAGCGGACUAGUGGUGGUCUCGGUGGAAGACUCUCACCUCUGUGUGGAUGACAGGCUGGUGGAGGUGAAUGGUGUACCAGUGGUCAACUCUACACAGGAAGAGCUAACUGACAUCCUGCUGCAGGGACCCAGCGCUAAAAUUGUUGUCCUUCGCCAGCCUCCGCCCACCCCCACCUACCAGCAGUACCCUCUGCUCCUGGAGCACAUGGUCAGCCCUGACCCCAUGCAAGCAAUCAUCCCAAGAAAGGAUGUGGUCACCAUGGAAACCCCUCCACAACGGAAGGUGAUGGCCAUCUGA